CUCAAAGUCCUCUCACGCUUCGUUGAAUCUCGGGUAACCGGGCUCAUGUAAACAGCCCCUAAAGACCACACGUAUGAAAGCCAAUGUUGUUGACUUUUUCUAUCCAUAUAAUUUUCACACAUGAGUAUAUCUUUCACGAAACUGCUUUCACCGUUGAAACGGGCAAUCUCUCCCGAUCAAAGAAACCUAAUCGAUAUCCCCACAAAAUUUAUUGUUCGUGCAUACACGAAGUUUGAUGAAAAGUGAUGUUAUUAAUUGAUUAAAUUUGAAAGAGUUUAUGAAUUUCUAGAACAUUGUAAUGUACCAUAUUGUUAUAGUUUCAAGGUAAGGUAUUUUAACAGUGUUUUUAUAUAUUUUAGAAACACUAAGUGGGGAAAAGAUUUUCCUUAUCUUUCAGAACUGAUAGAGCUAUAUGGUCAACUGUUCUUCGGAUCCCGUUGUUAUAGCCCACAUGUAGUGCUUGGCUUUUCACUGGAGAGAAGAAAUUAAAAACCUGCGUGAAGUUAGCAUGAGGUUGAAAAAAUCUCAAGCUGAUAGAGACGAGUAAACGACCCAGGUUAUAAUAUAGCCCAGCGUGCGGCGUUAUACCCGCGUAAACUCCAUAUAUAAAAAUAGUUUUCACAGUCGCAAUCAGUAACAAGGUGAUUUGAUAUAUAUAUCAUGCAUGCAAAUAAUAUGCAGGAAUUGUGGUUCUUAAUUUGUUUCAUAAUUUCGCUGGCUUUGCAGCAGUUGAAUCUAUCCAUAUACAAAGUCUAUGUAUCUAUGUAUAGACUGUUAGGAUUUUCCACCAAAGAAAAUGAACCAAUCAUUGAAGCGUUUCAAAUACUUGCACGAGUUCCGUAAUGCGACAUGUUUAUUGUUUUGAUACUUGAUAUUAACAAUUAUAAAAACAAAACGCAGGCACUCGAAAAUGAUAGAAAUAGAUAGCUUUAAGAGUCAUAUUUAUAUAUAAAUAUACAAUUCAAGUAAAAUUAGGCCAUUUUUGACCACGAGGGGAAUUAUAUGCGAGACAAUGUGUCAAUUUUGUCAGCUUCAAAUGGCUGCAAAAUCAUAUUGUUUUCACUUUUCAAAGGUGAACUGGUACUGCUCUUAUCACAGGCAGGCAAACACGUAAACGUGACCCUUAUACUUUUAAAAUAUAUAGGUCCUAUUAUAUAUCAAAUGAUAAAAAUCAGCCACGCUGUUGUAAUAUUUUAUCUGUGAUUUUAUUUGACCUUUUUAUGAUCGAGUCAGCACAGAACUUUAAAUUAAUCCAGCUAUUUCACUUUCCUUCAAGCAGGAAAAGUAGUCAAACCUGUCAUAUUUUGAAUUGAAAUAGGAGCUGUAAUAUUGAAAUUUGAAUUAGGUAUUUCGUUAAGAAGACAUGUAGUGUUUAAAGUACAUUUUCCAUGCUAGGCAGAUGUAAGUAACGAUAUAGCUACUUGUAUACAGAAUUCUUGAAACUGUCUAAAAUACCAGAAUUCUGUCCUGAAAUGCGUCAGAACCGUUCUGGCUGUUUUUAUUUUGUCGUAUAUAAAUAAAAGCGCGCUAUAUGCAUGACUUCCAUCAACCCUUUAACGAUAUAAGACCUGCUUACAUCAUGCUUACAUCAUGUUUAGUAUCAUUUAAGCUUCAAAUGCAGUUCAAAGCCCCCUUUUAUAAUUUCAACAUUACUAUACUCUAUAUAUAUAGUUCUCUUAAUUUGCAUUUUGUUGUGUGGAAGUUGACAAAGGAAUCUUAAUGAAAGAUCUGGAACUCUAAGUCGUAAAUUCAAUUAUUUGAACCGUAAAAAUCAGAACUUGCCGGUUUAAGUCGUGAGGUUUAAAUUAGAUCUAAAUGGAAGAUUGAUGGUAUAUUUUCAAUAAAGCAUAUUAUAAUCCUUAUCAUAAUUCUAUAGACUAAAGUAUUUCUUUAUUCAAACGAGUAUUUUGUUUUCUUAAAAAAAUUAAUCCUUUGGUGGCAGAUUCGCUUAUUUGAACUUCAAAUUGAGCGAUGUUUUUCGCCGUAGGAAGUUAUCUUUGAAACAAAUCUUCGCUAAAUCUUCCCUUAAUUUUGAAGAGCAAUUGGAAUAUUCUUCCCUGCUUUUUAUUCAAAGGUUCCUGCAAAAUAUCGGCGCGAGUACAAUUUUUUCCCAUCCAAGACCAAGUUCAUGCGUGCGACAUCCCCCUCGUGUCGAACACAAAGGCAAUUAAAUCUUUCAAUAAACUUUAAUCCAAAAAAACGUUUCAUUAAACCAUAGACUCUCUUCUCCGCGAUAUUUCUUUGCGAUAAACCUCAUGUUUGCCACACAUAUCUUUGCCUGAGUAGCUGUAUUUACUCACAAGAGAUCAAUCACAUCGAGUCACAUCAGGAAGUACAAAAAUAGUAUAUUGGUCACGACAAUUUGCUACACGCAAGAUCGAGCAGCGCUUCACCACAGCAUUGGGUGACAUCGUGCUGAGAAAAAUGUAUUAAAACUGAGAAGCAACAAGCAGUUAAAGGUUUUGUCGUGCUGGGAACAAGUGUUUGAGAUCUAGGGAGGGUUUCUUGCAGUAAUACGGAUUUGACGAACUUCUUUUCUUGAAAACACGUAGUCUUUAAGACGAAUAUACAUGAGUCACGCUUUAACGGGGAUUAAAACAUGUCAUGUACAAUCUAGAACUUCGUGAGACAAUAUAAUGAGCGUAAGAUCUUAAACACUUCACUAAAAACACACACGCAACCUGUAAAUUUAAACAAUCUGGCACUUGAAGAGUGGCGGACACACAUUGCGACAUUGUGCCAAGGACCAAUCACCGCGUGCUGAAAAGGUUGUAUAAAAAAACCCCUAAAAGCCUCGAAAUAUAUUGAAGUGGCUUUGUGCUCGACAUUAAUUUAGAUCCCACAUGCCUACGUGAAUAGUUAGUUGGAGACUGAACUUCGAACAGUCCACAUUAUAAUACUACCGUAUGCUUUAUGCCAUGAUGUUGUCAACAGAGGCGAUGAAAACACAACAGGAAUAUCAUGUUGAAAAAGCUGGUGUGAUAUCCGUACAAACGUCUUACCAAGGAAAGAUUUCAGCCAGAAGUGAUGUCCAUGGUCUCUGUCACGUGUGCGGGGAUCGGGCCUCCGGCCGCCAUUACGGAGUGGCGAGCUGUGAGGGUUGCAAAAGUUUCUUCAAACGAAGCAUCCGUUGCGAUGUACGAUAUUCGUGUCGAUUCAACUACCAGGCGUGUCCCAUCAACGUUAAAACGCGAAGUCGUUGUCAGUAUUGUCGUUUUCAGAAAUGCCUUCGCGUAGGGAUGAGAAAGGAAGCAAUCAAACAGACAGAGAACACAUCUACCCCGCCUCCUCUUCUUCUCACCUGCCCUACAACCACACCCUACCCUUUCAAACCCACUGUGCACCCACCACAUUCCUACACACACCAACUGGCUCCCUCCCACCUCGCGUGCCUUGUUCGGGCCAACUGGUUGGCGCAGUGUCGCGAACCCAUCAAGUACAUCAACCUUGUCAACUUUCCAAUGAAACACGAGAGAAUUACAACAAGAAUUCUACGAUACAUUGUCGAAUGGGCGAAAUCUCUGCCGUUUUUCAUGGAUUUGUGUCAAAACGAUAAGCAGUCCUUGUUGGAAUCGUGCUGGCUUGAGUUGUUUCUGCUCGUUGUUGCCCAAUACCAGUUGUUGCCCGAUCUUGCGAAGUUGUUGAUGUUGUUGAAAGGGCGAAAUGUGGACAAGACUGUUCGUCAUAUUGAAGCUGAGGUGAAUCAGUGCAAAGCAUUGAACUGUGAUGAUGUUGAGAUGGAAUGCUUGAAAGCUAUUGUGCUUUUUAAUGCAGAUUGUCCUGAUGUAACGGAACAAUCAACGACGCGUCGAUUGAAAGAGGAGAUCCUUGUAUCCAUGAACGACUACACUCGUUCCCAAUAUCCCAAAAUAUCCAUAGCCCAUCUUGGCGGUAUGCUAUUGUACCUACCCCGGUUACGUUAUGUGAAAUUUCUCAUACCACGUGACUUCAUUUUUCCUGACGUGACCAAAAAUCCUGAUUUCAUUUCGAGCUUCAUAAAAGAUGUCCUGUAUUUGCCAGUCACCGUUGGAACCGACCCAAAAUUACUCAAAUACAAUGUUUUGCCUCGUUAAGCACAAGUGUGGACAUGAUAGAAUCCAGAAUUUACCAUUACGGGUUGUGAAAUCGAAUGAAACGAAAUGGAAUCUUGUAUCUUAGCUAAAAGUUGUAAAUUCUCUAUUAAAUAGGUUGUAAAAUUAGAAAUGUAUAUUUCUGCAGAGACAGUUAGUGACUAAAGAAAAAGGAGACAAAAGGAUUCCCUUAUAAAUUUCCAUUUGUGAUUUAAUAGGUAAGUGACAAUGUGACAUAAUUUCGGUGUGAAAUUUGGUGUUAUAAUAUUGUAAUCAUAGUGUGUUAAUUCGUGCGUGGUUCAAAUUGACUGGGUGAACUGUAAACCAGUGUUUUAGACGUAAAUU